CUAGGAGUAGUGCUGUGGUUUAUUGUUUUGUAAAUCGCGAUGAUCAUGACACUUGCAUUAAGCGAUGAACAUGGAUAUAGAAUUGCGAUUAAAUAUGUUAAUAGAGCUGAUGGUAGUGGGGACUCUAUUCAAAUUAGAUAAUCGACAAUCAACUCCGAGUUUUGAGUGUUUUCUACAGUUUGAUCCACAGUAAUUGAACGUACUGUGUAUGCUAAAAUGACGUUAUGAAAUCUCGGAUUUUUAUUUGUUUACUACUUUCGUCGAUUUGACCAAUCCCAAUUAAAUUCCGACAAAAUAAUUUAUUAAGUAUGGCCCAGACAUCGCUUGUUAUGCACAUACUAGCUGCAUCCAUUCAGGUAGCUAACCGUGCUGGGUUUAUCAUCCGUGAUGUUAUGAGCAAAGGUGAACUGGGAAUCGUGGAAAAGUCAAAAAAUGAUCUACAAACGGAGGCAGACCGAUCGGCUCAACGGAGCAUAAUCGCUUCAUUGUCCCAUCAAUUUCCACAGAUCAAAAUCAUUGGCGAAGAAGGCCAAUCCAAUUUGAGUGACAUACCGUCCGAUUGGUUGAUUAGCGAUCAGGAUGUGGAGUUUCUGAAAAAUUCGUGUCCGAACAAAUAUCAGAAUUUAACCGACGAACAGACUAGCUCCAUUGUCGUGUGGGUAGAUCCACUUGACGGUACAAACGAAUACACGCAAGGUUUUCUGGAACAUGUGACCGUACUUAUUGGAUUAUCUAUGAAUGAAGAGGCUAUCGGCGGUGUCAUCCAUCAACCGUACUACAAACGAGAUAGCGGUGAAAUCGGUCGUACUAUAUGGGGACUGAAGGGACUUGGAGUCGGUGGCUUCGAGCCGAUCGACAUUGCAAACGAUGACGGAAAAUUUGUGGUUACCACAACCCGAUCCCAUUCCAAUGAAGUAGUUAGAAGUGCUCUGGAUGCUCUGAAACCGACAGAAAUUCUACGUGUGGGAGGGGCUGGAUAUAAAGUGUUACAGCUACUGGAAGGCAAAGCGCAUGCAUACGUGUUUGCAAGUCCUGGCUGUAAGAAAUGGGACACAUGUGCUCCGGAAGCGGUGCUAGAAGCUCACGGAGGUAAGCUGACCGAUAUUCUUGGCAAUCAUUAUCUGUAUGGAGCCAACGUUUCGCAUCCAAAUAAAAUGGGUGUGAUAGCGUCGGCUAAAUCGGUGAAUCAUCAGAACGUUAUCGAUCUGAUACCAGACAAUGUAAAAGACACCAUGCGUUCGUAAAUUAGAAUUUUUAAUAAUAAAAACGCCAUUGCAUCGAUACGAAAC